AUGACGGUGGAAAAAAAUAAUAUUUGUUUGGAUGCUUUAAUGGAAGCUAGAACAAAUGGUAGUACCUGCUGCAAGCUUAUGAGGAAGAUUAAUUUUGAUAAGUCAAUAGUGGAAGAAGCUACUGGCUUUUCCGGAGGAAUUUGGAUCAUGUGGGAUUCUAGGAGAGCUAAGGUGGAGGUCAUUAGUCAAGCUACUCAAUAUAUUCACAUGAGAGUAGAAAUUGAGAAUAUUAACAGGUUUUUAUGCACGGCCAUUUAUGCCAGUCCUCAUGAAGUCACUAGACACGAAAUGUGGGAAGAAGUGAAACUUAUAAGCCAAACAUCUAAUGAGCCCUGGAUAAUGGCUGGUGAUUUCAAUGACAUCAGAUGCAGUGAUGAGAAAAGAGGAGAUUCUCCUACUGACAUUGCAAAAUGCUUGAGAUUCCAAUAUUUUUUAGAUAGCUGUCAAGUGGAAGAGGUGACAGGCAUGGGAGCAAAAUUUACUUGGCAGGGGCCUAAGUGGAACCACCUUGAUAGAGUUUUCAAGAAACUUGAUAGGGUGUGUGCUAACAUGAGUUGGAGAUUGAAUUUUGAUGAGGCUACAGUCAGAGUGAUGCCUAGAAUCUUAUCUGACCAUAGUCCUCUCCUGCUAACUAUGAAAAGUAAUAUGCAAGGCUGGAGUGAGAGGCCAUUUAGAUUUAUGGCUGCUUGGAUGGAACAUCCUGACUUCGAAAGACUAAUGGAAGACAAGUGGCAUUCUGAUAUGGAAAUUAAUGGAAUGCUGUCAAACUUUAUUCCUCAGCUGAAAAGGUGGAAUAGAGAUGUUUAUGGAAAUAUUAAUAACAGAAAGAGAAAUUUAGUUAACAGAAUUGUAGAAGUUCAACGCCAUAGAGAAAAUGGGGAAGAUCCAGGCUUACAACAAUUGGAGGAUCUUUUGCAGAACGAUUUAAAUAUCACUUUGGAGCAGGAGGAGCUGAUGUGGUUUCAAAAAUCAAGACAUGACUGGAUUGCAGAUGGAGACAAGAACACUCGAUUCUAUCACCUCAAAACUGUCAUGAGGAGAUGCAGCAACAUAGUUACCAGAUUGAGGAAUAAUUUGAAUGAGUGGAUAGAAGAUCCUUGUGAGCUAAAAAAUCAUGUCUGUAACUUCUACAAAGAUCUGUUUACAGAAGAGGUCCCAAUCCGUAGAUGGAUCAUUUCUGACACUUUGUGGCCUACACUGGAGUAG